AAAAGGGAAUGCAACAAUAAGCUCCUAAAAGACAACGCUGUGCCGACAAUAUUUUGCCACACAGAACCAAAUGUGAAGAUGGAAAUGGCUUGCCUAUGAAAACCAAGAAAUCCAGUGAGAGAUGUGGCCGUGAUAAUGGGGGUGCUAGAUGUUAUUACAGUCUCUCUUCUCCUUUGUGUUCACAGUUCAGCUUUUACUGUGUUCAGCUCAUUUGCUGAGAAUGAAGAUGCUCUUUUGCGGCACUUAUUUCAUGGGUAUCAGAAGUGGAUCAGACCGGUGAGACAUUCCAAUGAUACCAUAAAGGUGUACUUUGGAUUGAAGAUCUCCCAACUGGUAGAUGUGGAUGAGAAGAAUCAGCUGAUGACAACUAAUGUGUGGCUGAAACAGGAGUGGAUUGACCACAAAUUGUGCUGGAAUCCUGAAGACUAUGGUGGCAUCACUGCCAUUCGAGUCCCAUCCGAAUCUCUCUGGCUUCCAGACAUUGUUUUGUUUGAAAAUGCUGAUGGGCGCUUUGAAGGUUCACUGAUGACAAAAGCCAUUGUCAAAUACAAUGGGAUAGUGGUUUGGACUCCUCCAGCCAGUUACAAAAGUUCCUGCACUAUGGACGUGACCUUCUUCCCAUUCGAUAGGCAGAAUUGUUCAAUGAAAUUUGGAUCGUGGACGUACGAUGGCAACAUGGUUGACUUAAUACUAGUAGAUGAAAAUGUAGACAGGACAGACUUCUUUGACAAUGGGGAAUGGGAAAUCCUAAAUGCCAAGGGAAUGAAAGGAAAUCGAAAAGACGGACUGUAUUCCUACCCUUUCAUUACCUAUUCCUUUGUUCUGAGACGUCUGCCACUCUUUUACACUCUUUUUUUAAUAAUCCCAUGCCUUGGAUUGUCUUUUUUAACCGUGCUGGUUUUUUACUUGCCUUCCGAUGAGGGAGAGAAACUAUCACUCUCAACCUCUGUUCUGGUCUCCCUCACUGUUUUUCUCUUAGUCAUUGAAGAAAUCAUCCCUUCCUCUUCCAAAGUCAUACCCUUGAUUGGCGAGUACUUGUUGUUCAUCAUGAUUUUUGUAACCCUCUCCAUCAUCGUCACUGUUUUUGUCAUUAAUGUGCAUCAUCGCUCUUCCUCAACCUACCAUCCAAUGGCCCCCUGGGUAAAAAGACUUUUCCUUCAGAAACUUCCAAGGCUGCUCUGCAUGAAAGGGCAUGUCGAUCGCUACACAUUUUCCGAUCCCGAAGGAACGCUGAAACAAAAGCCGGCGAGGAAACAUAAACACAAACAAUUCAAAGAUGGAGAAAAAGUCGUGAUUGCAUUUUUGGAAAAGGCUGCGGAUUCCAUCAAAUACAUCUCUAGGCAUGUUAAAAAAGAACACUUUAUCAGGCAGGUUGUACAAGACUGGAAGUUUGUUGCUCAGGUCCUUGAUCGCAUCUUCCUGUGGCUAUUUUUGGUAGUAUCUGUGUUGGGCUCUGUUCUUAUAUUUACUCCUGCUUUGAAGACGUGGUUGCGCAGUGGUGUGUAGAUUACCAUGUCUCCUUAUGUGAGAAUCUGCUGAAGGAAGGAUGGAAGCAGAGUGCCAAACUUGAUGAUUAGCUAACAUUCAAAUGCCUACAGAGAAGACUCAAAGUAUCACUGCAAAUUGCAGAAAAUUUGUGUUGAUGAGUGUACACCUUGCUUAAGUUUUAUGGAUUAAUCUUGUGCCUGCUGACCUUGGAGUAAGCCCUAUUCAAAUUACUAAGGACUUCUGAGUAGACAUGUAUAGGAUUGCACCAGUAAUCUUUUGAAUUGUUGCACAAAUGAAGGCUCCAAUGUCCGUAUCUGUUAUAUUUGUAAGUAUUUAUAUGCUAACUUAGAUGCACUGGAAAAAAAGAUAAGCCUAUAUGCAGUAAGCACAUAAACCAAAUAUAUCUAAGCUAAAAACUUAUAUUGGUUUUGUGCCCAUUUAUACUGGGUGUGGAGUACAUGUAGACCUUCAGAUGUUGUUGGAAUCCAGUUACACACAACCCAAACUGGCCUGGCCAGUGGUCAAGAAUGAUGGGAGUUGUAGUCCAACACCAUUUGGAAGUUCACAUCUUCCCCAUCACUAGUUUAAAUAGUCAUGGCUUUCCCCCAAAGAAUUGCUAGAGCUUGGGAAGUUUGCUGAUGAUUCUCUGGAAAGAAUCACUGCUAUUUUGCAUAAUAUUUUUGAUGAGAAGGACCAAAAACCCUAAGAGGAGAAAAUUAAAUUAGUUUGUGGUGUGUAGCUACAUCCUAUUUUUAAAGCUUUAUUUUUUGUCUCAAUCGCUCUCAGAAUUAUUAAUUUAGCAAUAUCCCUGUGACAGUGGGAAGAUUUUAUAAGAAUCUACUAUGAUCAUUGGCCCAAAAAAUAAUAAUAAUACAAAGAUCUACAUUAUGUGGACCUUAUAUAAGUUUAUUCAGUCAAUUUCCCAAUUUCUUCACUCAGAUGUAAAUAUUCUAUUUGAUGAAAAUUGUCUACAAAAAUUGAUAUCCUUGUGUAUUUGUUGCACUAUUUUUUUAAAAAAAAUGUUUAAUAAUAUAUAAAGGCAUAGGGCAUGUGCAUAAACUUUAUGAAAGGUAAGUAUAAUAAGCACAGAUACUUUAUAUUUUAAUCUAAUAAUAGCUGAAUAUAUACAAAUAUAUAUUUAUUUCACACUGUGCACAGUAAUCUGUCCAUUGUGAGUGACAUCUCAUAUUUGUUUUCAUUUUUGAAAAACUCCCAGUUCCCUCUUUGGUUUGGCAAAGUCUCACCCAUUAAUGGUACUUCUCAGAUCUUGGAUGGCUUUUGGAGUGUUUGAAAAGUUUUUCAUGUCACUGAAUGUUUCUGCUUUAAAUUCACUGGCUUGAAAUCUUUCACCCCUUAUAGAUUCACCACCAGUCCCUUUUAAAGUGUGCAGUCUGAAUCUAAGAAGUAAAUCCCAUGAAACACAGUGGUACUUACUUUUUCCAAAGGUUGGAAUGGAAAUCUGUUGGUUUCCAAAAUAAGGUUGAAUUUGGAGUUCCUGACCCCUUGAGAGACGUAUGUAAGAAUCAAAACAACCUGAGUGUCUUGAAGCUAUAGGAGGAAAGACUAUUUAGUUGUUCUUGACAUCUAUCUUGACAUUUAUCAUCCCUGCUUUGGAAUGAAAAAAAAAUGGCUUCUCAGAGCUGGGGAUGUCAAAGCUUAUAUGUUAAUGUCUUCUUAUACCAUCAUAGUCUUUGGUUAAACAGGUUCUGCAGAUUUCUGUAGCACAUUGAGCAACCAAGAACACCAGAGCUAGCUCAUACUAGUCUAACCAUUCAGUACCUCAGCAGCCAACACUUCAGCUACUCAUCUGAGCUGUUGCAGGCAGUAUUAUGGAUGGCAUCCGUGAUUUAUUUAUUUACUUCAUUACAGUGGGCUCUUGGUAUGUGCUCUUGGUAAUGCUCAAGUCCCA